AUGGCUAGCAUCACCGAGCAAACCGCUAUAUUAUCCAAGUAUUUUGACUUGGACCAAAGAGGGAAAGUUCUCGCGGAAUAUGUCUGGAUUGACUCUGAAGGAAACACCAGAUCCAAGUGCAAAACCUUGUCCAAGAGACCAACGUCGGUUGAAGACUUGCCCGAGUGGAACUUUGACGGUUCCUCGACCGGACAAGCGCCAGGCCACGACUCGGACAUUUACAUCCGUCCGGUUGCCUUCUACCCUGACCCUUUCAGAAAGGGCGACAACAUUAUCGUUUUGACCGAGUGCUGGAACAACGACGGCACGCCCAACAAGUUCAACCACAGACACGAGUGCGCCAAGUUGAUGGCUGCUCACGCCGACGAGGAGGUGUGGUUUGGCUUGGAGCAAGAGUACACCUUGUUUGACCAGUACGACAAUGUCUACGCCUGGCCAAAGGGCGGUUUCCCUGCGCCACAGGGCCCAUACUACUGCGGUGUCGGCACCGGCAAGGUUUACGCCAGAGAUGUCGUGGAGGCUCACUACAGAGCUUGUUUGCACGCUGGAAUCAACAUUUCUGGUAUCAACGCCGAGGUGAUGCCUUCUCAAUGGGAGUUCCAAGUGGGUCCUUGUGAGGGCAUCAAGAUGGGCGACGAGUUGUGGAUGGCCCGUUUCUUGUUGCAAAGAGUCGCCGAGGAGUUUGGCGUCAAGAUCUCUUUCCACCCUAAGCCUUUGAAGGGCGACUGGAACGGUGCCGGCUGCCACACCAACGUGUCCACCAAGGCCAUGAGACAGCCUGGUGGAAUGAAGGACAUUGAAGACGCCUUGUCCAAGUUGGCCAAGAGACACAAGGAGCACUUGGCUUUGUACGGCUCCGACAACGACCUUAGAUUGACCGGUCGCCACGAGACGGCGUCCAUGGAUGCCUUCUCUUCUGGUGUUGCCAACAGAGGUGCCUCUGUGAGAAUCCCAAGAUCGGUGGCCAAGGAGGGCUACGGCUACUUUGAAGACAGAAGACCUGCAUCGAACAUUGACCCAUACUUGGUCACUGGUAUCAUGGUGGAGACCAUCUGCGGUGCUAUUCCAGAUGCCGACAUGACCAAGGAGUAUGCUAGAGAAAGCGAGUAG